CGAUUAUGUCUGAACCAAAUGUUCCUAAUGAACGUGACCCACUAAUUGGUUCAAGGCCUGAGGGUUAUGUGAUAUAUAAUGCAAAUGUUUAUACAGUUGAUGAAAAAAAUCCAAAAGUUGAAGCCUUCACGGUGUUGAAUGGAAAGUUUGUUGAUAUUGGUACAAGAUUGGAUUUGCUACAAAAAUGGACUAGUCUUAAACAUAUAGAUUUAAGAGGUCGAACCGUAAUCCCAGGAUUAAUUGAUGCACAUGCGCAUUUAAUGCAUCUUGGUGAUGCGCUAACAUCUGUUAAUCUUGUCGGUGCGAAAUCUAUUGAAGACAUAAAUCAACGAAUUUAUGAAUAUAUCAAAACAUAUCCUAACACGAAUGGAUGGAUCACAGGAUGGGGAUGGGAUCAAACACUCUGGUCAUCGAAAUCGUUUCCGACUUCUAAAGAUUUAGACAUUGAUCCAAUACUAUCUCAAUAUGCAAUAUCACUAUCACGUAUUGACGGACAUGCUUUAUGGGUUAAUGGGAGAGCAUUGGAUAUACUUGGAAAAGAUAACAUUCCACCCGAACUGGAUGGUGGUGAGAUUAUAAGAGACAACGAAACAGGCCAAUUGACCGGAAUUUUUGUUGAUAAUGCUAUGAAAUUGAUUCAACAGAUAUUGCCACAACCAACUGACCAACAAUUAUUAACAAAUCUCAAAGCGGCAAUCUAUGAAAUGCAUUCUCAUGGUCUUACUGGAGUUCAUGAUGCGGGUGUUUUACCUAAAUUACUUAAAUUUUACCAAAAUACUAUUUUAUCAAAUCCACAAGACUUUAACAUUAGAAAUUAUGCCAUGGUUGAAUGUGAAAACAAUACUUAUUGUGGUAAUCAAAUUGAGAAAAUAGAUGGGUUAGGUGACGGGAGAUUAACUGUUAGAAGUACUAAAAUCUAUAUGGAUGGUGCAUUGGGAAGUUGGGGUGCUGCAUUAUUGGAGCCUUAUUCUGAUGAUCCAACAAAGCAGGGGUUAUUAAUCUCCGAUCCAACUUUAUUACCCCCUGUGAUUAGCAGAUGGUUGGAUAAAGGCUUCCAAGUUAACACUCAUUGUAUAGGAGAUAAAGCCAAUCACAUAAUCAUAAACGCAUAUGAAAAAUGUUUUAAAGAUUAUAUACUUUCAAAACAAAAUGGGCAAAACAUUACCGAGGAAGAAUUGACUAAAGAAAUUAAAAAAUUAGGUGAAAGUGUUAGAUUUAGGAUUGAGCACGCACAAAUAUUGACGUUAGACGAUAUCAAACGUGUUGGUGAAUUACGGAUCAUACCGUCAAUGCAGCCUACACAUGCAACGUCCGAUAUGAAUUAUGCAGAACAAAGACUGGGUAGUGAACGUAUUAAAGGUGCAUACGCAUGGCGUUCAUUCAUUGACGCUGGAGUAAAGGCAUUUCCUCUUUCUUCGGAUUUCCCCGUAGAAUCUGUGAACCCUUUUUUGGGAUUCUACGCCGCAAUCACGCGAAAAUGGACUAAUGGGGAUUCUCCACACGGUCCAAAUGGAUGGUUUCCAUCCCAAAAACUAACACGUGAAGAAGCUUUACGCGGAUUUACCAUUGAUGCAGCCUAUUCCGCGUUUAAUGAAGAUAUUUUGGGAUCGAUAACAGUAGGCAAAUACGCGGAUUUUGUGGUAAUCGAUCGUGAUAUAAUGAACAUUCCAGAACAAGAAAUAAUUAAUACCGCCGUAUUGACAACUGUGUUCAAUGGGCAAGUUGUUUUUGGAGAUUUUUCAAAGAUUGUACAAUAA